AUGCCCACCAAAUACCCAAAUUCAAUAAUGCUUUUCACUGUACUCAUUUGCUUUUGGCUUUUUUCAUUGUCAGCAGACGCGUGGUGGUGCAACGGGCACAUGUUGGUGAAUGAGAUCGCCAGACGCCGGCUGCACCCCGAGGUGGCUCUAAUAGUGGAGGAGGCAGCAGUCAACCUCAGCGCCAGCGGGCCAUUCCCUCAUACGACUGAUUUUGUGGAGAGUGGGUGCUGGGCCGACGAUAUCAAGAAAUUGGGGCUUUUUGUCAUGGAAGAUUGGCAUUAUAUUGACACACCGUACAAUCCGCAAAACAUUAACAUCAAGAAGAAUCCCGUGAAUACGGAAAAUUUGAAGACCGUUAUUGAAAGCUUGAAGAGGACGCUGAUGAAGCAAGAUCUGGUCCCAUAUAUUAUGAGUUUUGCCAUUGUGAAUAUUGCUCACUUCCUUGGUGAUAUCCACCAACCUCUGCACGCAGUGGAGUUGUUUUCUCCCGAAUAUCCACACGGCGACAGGGGUGGCAACGCGGAGACAGUUAUUGUUCAUGGUAAAAUGAUGGCAUUGCACUCACUGUGGGAUUCCAUUUGCCAGGGUGAUGUUAAAAAUCCAAGACGACCUUUGGACAGAUGGCAUUACGCGAAGUUGAGGGAGUUUGCCGACCGACUGGAGGACACCUACAAGUUUCCGGCGGAAGUGAAGAAUGAGACAAACACGACUCAGAUGGCGAUGGAGAGCUACGAUAUUGCGGUGCAAGUUGCCUACCCCGGAUUUGUGGACGGUGCGAAAAUCACUGACGAGUAUCUUGAGAAAUGCAGGGCGGCAGCCGAGUCCCGUGUGGUACUUGCGGGGUAUCGAUUGGCCAAUGUACUUAACCAGCUGCUCGACAAGACUCAAAAAGGAAAGGUUUUGGAAGCAAAAUCUGCUCGAUUGUGCGGGUUUUAUUCUUUAGUAAGGUCCGUCUUUGUUGAUCGCCAAUUGGAAUCACUGUUUGGCUGCAUCAAUGGGUAA